UUAAAAUCCACUGCACACAGACGCCGGGUGUAAGCAAAAGUUUUAAACCUACUCCAAAUUGGGAAAAUAUCAUAUAAAUAGGUUAAAACUGAGUUUUACAAAAAAAAAAAAAAAUGAUAUCGGAUAAGUUGUAAAAAAAAAUAAUAAAUAAUCCAAACAGUUAGUUAGUUUGUUUGUGUAGUGCUCAGUGUUAGCCAGCUAGCAGAGUUCGACCGUUGGCUGAAGGAGUUAGCUAGAUAGCAAGAAAAGCUAGCGGACACUGCUGCGCGUGCUAAUAAGGCAGUGACAGAGAGGAUGGCGUGUCCUACAUUAGAGGAGGAACGUGUGGAGGAUGUACUGAGGCAUUAUGCACUGAAAUAAUCAGGUACUCAUCACAAUCGGCUCUGAAGUGGAUUGCUUUGGAAGGAAGGUCGUUUUAGUGCAUGAAAAAAGGAGAAAUAGUCAGAAUGUCGGAGGAAAAUCUCACGAGCCAAGAUAAAGAAGAACUGAAGAGGCGACUGGAGCUGCUGCAGAGAGAGUACGAGAGGACAGCACAGAGAUUACAGCGUGCUGAGUGGAGGGAGGCGGUCCGUAAGAAUGUCCAGAACACGAUCACGGAGCAGAACCGGCUGCUGCACAUCAACACGUCAGCCAUGUUGGAACAGAGCUCUUCUUCUUCCCCGGAGCCGCUUUCUAACCCGAAUGUUCCUUCAGACACGACAAAGGUUCGCUUCCAUCUUCCUGACUCCUCCCCGUUUUCCACCCUGACGCGUAAACAAAGCCCGUCUCGGACUCACCGUCUCCGUUCCAAGCGCAGCCGUCUGCGUCUGCAGGGCAGGGGGAGAGAGUCUGAUACCGAAGAGAGUCAAGAAAAGACAGGAGAGGGAACGGAGGAGAGGUGGAGGGAAGAGCCAGGAGAGAUGGAGAGCGAGUGUGAGCGUACCGGCGAGGAGAAGGAGAAGGACGUGGAGAGAGGACGGAAGGAAGAGGAAAAGAAAGAGGAGAAUAGAGAGAAGACAGAAACGUUGAAGGACGGAUUGAAGAAAAAUGAAGAUAAUUCGACACCUUCUUCAAUUCUUCAAUCAGCAGCAGAGAACUCCUCUGUCGAUCAGUCGCAUCUAACGAAGCUGUUAGAAGUUAACGAUCCUCCUGCUGACCAAUCAGCUCUCAGAAAUUCCCCGUCCGCCUCCUACCGCUCCGACUCCAGCGAUCGUCCCAACCCAUCCAGUGAAGCACGGAGUCCGUCCUGCUCUGGGAUCGCUAAUGAUGCGGAGAAAAGUCCAGGAAGCGCUGAUUUUUUAACUUCCUGCACCUUAAUCGAAGGUUUGCCGUUUCCUGUCGAGUAUUACGUUCGUACCACCAGGCGAAUGGCGUCGGCUCGUGCCUCAGUGGAUCUGAACGCUGUACUCCAGAGCCAGCUCUCAAACGGGCGGGGCAGACGAAGGUCGAGCAGAGGUCGCGUUACCUCACGACCUUCGUCUGAGAAACCUCCUGAAAGAAGCGGAUGUAGAAAACGAGGUCCGAGAGGACGUCGAGGACGCGGGAGAGCACGCGAGACCAAUUCAUCCGGUCAGUCCGAGUCCCUCCUCCGAUCUCCGUCUUCCUUUCCACAGGAGGAAUCCGAGCCGAUCCCGUCGCCCAAACCGAGCUCAGACCCUGCUCCGGAUCCUCAGCUUCACCUCAGCCGUGAGCUCUCGGCAGAUUCCCGAGCGUAUCCGAUUUUCAGGAAGAGGCGUGGACGGGCUGGCGUGUCUCGUUCUCAAAUCCCCGCAAGCGUUCACGAUUCCUCACAUCUCCUGCCUUCGUUAACGUCUCUCACUCAAGCUCUGAGAAGAACGAAGGAUUUCCCAAACCGCGGCGGUCUGCGAAGCGUCUCGGACAUGCAGGAUUUCCACCUUCCGGACGACGAGUUUGGCCAGCUGAAACUGGAGCGGCUUCGCUCGUCCUCGAACGCAGAGCUGUUGGCGCACGGCGCGUGCUGCAGAAAGAACGGGAGUGUGAACGUUUCUGAAGGUGGACAGGUAGAAAACGAGAACGUUGUUCUGGACCCUUUACAGCAUGGUGCUUGUUUAGAAAGUAGUCUUCCUUUAAAGUUUACCGAGCCACGGCGGGCGGAGACGGGGAACGCCGACCAAUCAGAACGCGAGAUCGCGAGCCAAACCCUCGAUAAUCCGCAAGAAUCUGAUGAUCUUUUGCGCACAUCUUUCGCGACCCGAGCAGAAGUGCACCACGACAGAGGAGAUGAAAAGCACACACAGCAAAUCGAGCCGAACGAUCCUCACACACUCGCAGCUCGCAGGAGUUUCAUGCUGAAUCUUAGCGUGUCCUCGACCUCACACACCCAGACUGAUCACAACACUUCUCUCAUCUCAUUGGGUGCGACGCCUAACGUGUUCAUCGCAUCGCCCUCCUCAGAGCUCACGCCUUUUCUCUUAUCUUCUGAUCAGGAUGUUGCUUCAGGACAAUCCCAGGCUGAAGGGAAUAAGGGAACACCGGAAAACGAAAACGUUUCGGGAAGCCCUAAAGUGCAGAUACAGGGGUGUGAUGUCUGUGAGCAUUCUUACAGCAGGAGUCAUAGUUCUGACCGUUCUACAACCAACCACGUCUUGAUAUCCGCUGAAGUGGAGCUACAAGGUUCUAAUGUUUCUGAUGAAAAAGGAGUGACGCAGGUGAAGAGCAGCACACGUGAAAACAACGCAGAGGUUCCCAAACUGACAAACCAGGUGCUGAUGUGCUCCGAAACGCAGAGCCAGCAUCAUAUCACUUAUGCUCUUUCCCACAAUAACCCCCUUCUUUCCAAAAAUUGCCACCCUCUUUCCCAAAAUGGCCCCCCUCUUUCCCAAAAUAGCCCCCCUCUUUCCCAAAAUAGCCCCCCUCUUUCCCAAAAUAGCCCCCCUCUUUCCCAAAAUGGCCCCCCUCGUUCUCAAAAUGGCCCCCCUCUUUCCGACAAUAACCCCCUUCUUUCCCAAAAUGGCCCACCUUGUUCUCAAAAUGACCCCCCUCUUUCCCAAAAUGGCCCCCCUCUUUCCAAAAAUGACCUCCCUCUUUCUCAAAAUGACCCCCCUCUUUCCAAAAAUGACCUUCUUUCCCAAAAUGACUCCCGUCUUUCCCAAAAUGACCUCCCUCUUUCUCAAAAUGACCCCCCUCUUUCCCAAAAUGACCCCCGUCUUUCCCAAAAUGACCCCCGUCUUUCCCAAAAUGACCUCCAUCUUUCUCAAAAUGACCCCCCUCUUUCCCAAAAUGACCCCCGUCUUUCCCAAAAUGACCCCCGUCUUUCCCAAAAUGACCUCCAUCUUUCUCAAAAUGACCCCCCUCUUUCCCAAAAUGACCCCCGUCUUUCCCAAAAUGACCCCCCUCUUUCUCAAAAUGGCCCCCCUCUUUCCCAGAAUGACCUCUUUUUUCCCCAAAAUAGCCCCCCUCUUUCCCAAAAUGACCCCCCUCUUUCCCAAAAUGACCCCCCUCUUUCCCAAAAUGACCCCCCUUGUGCCCAAAAUGGCCCCCCUCUUUCCCAGAAUGGCCCCCCUCUUUCCCAGAAUGGCCCCCCUCUUUCCCAAAAUGGCCCCCCUCUUUCCCAAAAUGACCCCCCUCUUUCUCAAAAUUGCCCCCCUCUUUCCCAGAAUGGCCCCCCUCUUUCCAAAAAUGACCCCCCUCUUUCUCAAAAUGACCCCCCUCUUUCUCAAAAUGACCCCCCUCUUUCUCAAAAUGACCUCCAUCUUUCCCAAAAUGGCCCCCCUCUUUCCCAAAAUGGCCCCCCUCUUUCUCAAAAUGACCCCCCUCUUUCCCAAAGUGGCCCCCCUCUUUCCAAAAAUGGCCUCCCUCUUUCCCAGAAUGACCUUUUUUCUUCCCAAAAUGACCCCCCUCUUUCCCAAAAUGGCCCCCCUCUUUCCCAGAAUGACCCCCCCCUUUCCCAAAAUGGCCCCCCUCUUUCUCAGAACGAGCCUGCUCAGAAAACGAGGACUCCAGACUCUGAUGAACCUUACACUAUCUCUGAACUGGAUUUUCAUUCCCGAACACCAGUGAGAGAAACGUCACCCCGUGUAGAAGAGAACAACAUGUUAAACAGCCAGACAUCUGCACUUCCUGUUGUCUCAGCCAAUCAGAGGGAAGAUAGCGACGCUACUUUAUCUUUCAGUUUAGUUAAACCCAGUCAAACACACACUCGAGGUUCUCCGAGUCAACACGUGGAACUCCCUUCCUGUGGGUCUCUCCGGAGAACUCAUACGCUGAAGGCGCUGGACGGAGGGUGCGUGCUGGAUGUGUGUUUGGUGCGCUGGCCGUCUGAUGACUGGUGUGUGUGUGUGGCCGGAGAGUGGAGUGUGUGUGUUUGGAAGCAGAAAGCUGGAGUCCAGCAGUGGAGUCUUCUGUACACCUGGACCUUUACACAAUCCGUGAUCUCUCUUCAGGGGAUUCCUGACUCUUCUGCUCUGCUGUGUGUGUGUUUGGGGAGGCUGGAGAUCACAGAGACGAGGAUACUGUCCUGCCCCAGUACGGAUGGUGAGUUCUCUCAGGCUGAGCUGUAUAAAGGUUUACCUCUGCAGGCGGUACUCGCUGUCUCCGAGCGCAGGGUGGUGUGUUGCUCCGCCUCGGGAGCUCAGCAGAACGUCCAGGUGUUUACACUUACUCAGGAUGGCAGGAUUGCAGAAACUCUGCCCCUGGUCUCCACUUAUCAAAGCAUUCAGACCCUGGUGGCGGUGGAGAGGCAGAAAGACGCUCUGAUUGGUUGGACCGAACACAAGAGUCUCCUCAUAUGGAACAUGAAAUCAGGCCAGCUUCUUCAGACGAUUCACCUGGCGCCGGAGAGUGUUUCCACGGCAACCUGUCUGAGAGGAUACUCCUACAGGGGUGCGCUGUGUGUGUUACUGCAGCAGGCGAGCGCGUGCCACGACGAAGCCGGUUCCACGCUUUUCACUCUGUUCGCCACGAAUCCACUCACAGGAGAAUAUCUCAGUCUGCGCUCCAUCGCCACCCCACCAGCUCCCACAGAGCGGUUGAUCGACAGUGAUGUGUGUGAAUCUGCACUCGUGGGCGUGUUCCAGUCAGGUCUGGCUAUCUGGAACCUCGCAGGGGGCGUGGCCUGCACGUAUGUAAGUGAGCCUGUAGGAGUGUGCCGCCUGGCGCGAUGGGCGGGGCCAAACACGCUCCUCACCGGAUACCUCAACGGGGACGUUAAUAUUUAUCAGAGAACAGAACGGAGUUAAAGGAGUCUUAAUGUUUAAGAAAAAAUAAAUGGUUAUAAUUAAAACGUUUAUAAUUUAAGACAAGAUUUGUGUCAUGCACACAACACACACACACGUGUGAUACACACACACACGUGAUACACACAACACACACGUUUAUUACAUGUUCUCUAUCAGUAUGACUGUGAGGUUUAAAUUUGACUUGUGAAAUAAAAUAUUACUUUUAGAGACACAUUAGUCUGGUCAGCGUGGAAUGUCUUUCAAAAAAUUGUUUGUUUGUUUGUUUAUUUCAUUGUGUCAGGGUUUUCUGCACUUACCAUAAAAACUCGUGGAGGAAGAAAACAAACCGACAGUUGUUUUUAUUUAUUAUGAAUGAUAUCAUUAAUUUAUAUGUA